GUCGUCGGAGUCCUCGGCUUCCGGGACAAACGAAGAUUGUCGAAGCGCCUGCCGUGUGCCGAUUGGCUGGCACGCGGCGCGCGGAUGCGUACCAGUCCUGACGUCACGCUUCGCCCAGUUUGAAAUCGUCCCAGCCGUCAGUCGCGCGCCGAACGUCGAACCGAAUGUACCUGGUGUAUCUUGUUCAUCCCUUUCGAUCUUUCGAAAUAUCGAUUCUUGUCACACAGUUGAUAAUUUUGACGUAAACAGUGCGGUUCUCGUUCGAAUUUCUCACAAAAAUCACGGAAACAGUGAUCCUCGACUCUAUCGACUUGUAUCAGUGAAUAGUGUUUUUAAAAAAAUCUAUUCAUUCACAGGGGAUGAAUUGAUCAACAUCGAUAUUCGUCGAUGAUUGUCUUCUACGGAAGACAAACCUACCCCCUAAUCACAUAAAUCUAUAUAAACCGACAGAUAAUUCGAUAAUUAAAAACCGAUAUAAUUCAUCGAAUUAAAAUUAAUUUAAAAGAACAAUGCGGUGCAACGGAAAGAACAACGUCCAGCAAGCAAACAUGAUUAUAUGUAUAAACUUGUGUGAUUGAGCAAUGAUGAAAAUUACCCGUGAUUAGACAGUAAACUUACGCGACAAAGUACAGGGAGUUAUUAAUCGUGGAUAAUACGUGGUAAAUUUUGUUUAUCAAGUGAAUCACUCACAUGAACGUGUGCCAGUUUGAGUAACCACGUGGUAGCCGGUGCUUGGAGAACGUGCGAACGACGCGUCGUUUCAUUGUGAUCGACUCUCGAGUAGUCGUCGACGGUAAUCACGUGUAAAAUCGUUCGUGGCGGUGGUAAAUAUUAGAAAACAUUUGGUAGAGAAGUCAACUUGAUCCUGCGGGAGGCUGGGCAAGAUCGUCGCGAGUCAAACUGUUGGGAUUCGGUCUAAUAUGCGUGUCGCGGGGAAACGGACCGUCGAGACGGUCGAUUCCGACGAUCUGACUUUGACGAAUUCGCGACUGUCGCUCGAGGUCUGACUCCUACGGUCUCUCUAUUGGCUGUGGUGUUCCACGAAAGUGUUUUGCUCCGUUUGGCCCACGCGUCAGUGACAAAGCGCGGGUGAUGUGCUGGUGUUUGUGUCGCGUCGACUGAGCAGUGCGCGGUGUACCGGAUGUCAAGACGAUAAUUGCUCCUGUCUUAAGGCCGAGCGACUUUGUGUCAUCAUGCUGACAAUCGUUUUGCUGUUUCUUCUGGGCCAACCGGCGGCUGGAGACAACUAUUUGGCCUUGUUAUCAGGCACCCUGAAGACCUACCAGCGCGCAGCCUGCGACGAGGAGUUGAUGACGCUAAAAUGUCCAAUUGGCACUACCAUCUCUGUUGCUCUCGCUCAAUAUGGUUCGGCAGGGGCGAAUGGCACCGGAGGGUGCACAUCCUACUAUCCAUUGCGGCUUGCCGAGGACAAACUGAAUGACGUAUGCGUCUGGCCCCAAGCGCUGCAGUACUCACUGUUGCAGACGGUGGUGGAGGUUUGCCAGAAGAAGAGGAAGUGCACAGUCAACCCUGAUCCAAAAAAGUUUCAAGGCAAUCCUUGUCCAGGGCUCCCAAAGUACAUCGAGGUCGCCUACAAGUGCUGCCCUUAUGAGUUCAGGAGUAAGGUUGCCUGUGAAAAUGACGUCAUCAAUCUUGACUGUCAUCCUGGACAGAGGGUAACCAUUUUAACCGCAUCGUUCGGUAGAACGGCACACGAAUCACACCAGUGUCCACAGCCGCCUGGCGUGAAAGAAGAAAACUGCAUGGCGUCAUAUGCGACGGAAACUGUGAGGCGUUUGUGCCACGGAAAACGACGUUGCUCCGUGGUGGCAAACAGUUCGACGUUCGGUGAACCUUGCAACCUGGAUACCAGAACUUACUUGAGGGUCGUCUACACCUGUGUACCGCGGGCAGUGUUGAGAGAACAAUUUGCAAGCGACGUAGAGCCAGACGAAAUGAACCUGAUGCACGAGUUCGAGGAGGGCUUCGACAGGGCGGAUUUCAGGGCGGAAUUCAGUCCAAGUCCAAACCUCGAAGGGCCUCAACCGCAACCAAGGGAUAACGUUUCCCGAAAUUUCCCAACGGCCAGCUCAUCGCCGCCACGUGCCCGUACGAACAACGACGUGGACACACGAUCGAAGAACUUUAAAUCGGUCGGUGUAGGAGCGAAAGAUAUAACGCCCACGGUUAUUCAAGGGAUGAUAAUGAUCGAGAACAACGUGGCCGAUAUUACUAGGGACAUUUCCACCAGUACGAUGUCGCCGAUUAAUUGCACAACAGUAGUCUACGCCUAUCCUGAAGAGGAUCGUGUCGUUGUUGGAUAUAUCAAUGAAUGGAUCAAUGCAUAUUCGUUCAUAUCGAAGAAUCAAGAAAAGUUCUACCUGUACAUCAUAGUGUCGGUGUCAGUUGGUAUUUUAAUCUUCUUGGGCUUGGUGAUCGGACGUCUUCUAGUCAGCCGUCAUCGGGCCAAAAGGGAUGCGAAGUUUCAUGCAAAUAACGAACCACUUCCGCAUGGAUUCAACGAUGACAUUUCAGACAUCGACGCUGAUAUCGAUCUCACCUCACCGGUGCCAGUUCCCAUGCAAGACACGAGGAUUCCAGAGACCCAGCUGGCCGAGAGACUCCACGGCGACCGUUAUUACGCGGACACAAGGAUACCUUUGUCGCCCACCUCGAUGCACCCACCACCCAUCCUCCACACCCCAGCCACGGGGGUGAGGGUGGAUCUGGGCAACCACAUGGUCGGCACAGAUAGUUUACACACGAUUUUACGUCAGGAGAAUCCACGGAGUCUCAACACUAAAAGUUACUACGGCUGACAGGAGGAAAGGGUUGUCCCGCGCGAGGGACGACCCCCGUCCUUGAGCCCGGUACCGGAAGUGAGUACGCGGAAGUACUGCUUUUAAUCGUGGCGACCGAUUUUCUAUAGCGCGCCCAACGAACGAAGCCGCUGUGAACUGCGUUCGAGCCGCGAUCUUCAACUUCGAUCAUUCGUUUGCUCCCAUCGGGACUCGAGCGAGGUUGUCCUCGGGCCUGGUACCGGAAACGAGCACCCUGUGACGCUUCUCACGCGAUUUCUUCGUCCCCAGCGCGAGGAGCCACGCUCGAGGAGAGACUUUCGUUUACAAUUCGCGAGGAAUCCUGAAGAAUCGUGUCAGAAGAGUCCUGAAAUUUGAGAGAGAACUUUGUGGCGGUAGUGAUAACGGAUGUGACGCGAGGUAUGUAGCUCGACAAGUGUAAGGUUGGGUCUGGUUAGCAGUGUUGGGCGAGGGGUAGUUGAUGAUUGUUGAUGAAAAAUCUCUAUUCGUAAUUAUUAAUGAAGUCCUGGGUAGCUUUGGGGGAUUAAGAAUUUGUCGAUUGUGUAUGACGAAUGUACCUUGUGAUUGCUGAUCGAUCUGACAAUUGCGAGUGAGUACUGAGAGAAUGAAUGCUCAACUCUGCUGAGUAGGUGACUGGUGAGUCGAAAAGUGAUUAGAAGUAGGGAUGAGACUGUUGCCUAACGAACCUGGUAGCCUGUCUAGUGUCGCCUGGUAGUGUUCGAAGCGAGUAAAACUGAUGAAAGUUGGCAGAAAGGGUUAUCGAGGAAUGUUAUUUGACUUGUUGAGCUAUAGAUUAACGCAAGCCAAGACCGUGGGCGGAUGUACAUUAAUGUUGGACUUGGUGAGUCAGAAACGCGAAAGCGUUUCUCGCGUAGAAAAAUUGUCUUGCGAAUGCCCGGAAGUGGAUAUUGGGAAUUCUUAUUGUUGUUGAAGAAGCUGUUGUUAUUCAGAAAUAUUGUUUUCAAUCGAGAGACGCGACUGUAUAACGCUGGACUCUGGGUUAAAAGAUAUAAGCACGUUGAUUGUAAAUGGAGAAGAAAAUAUUUUAUGCGAAGAGGGUCUGCCUCGUGACCAUUACUGGCAAGCGACCACCCGAAACGUCGUUCAGACUGUAAGGACGAUUACGAUUGUACACUAGAGCUUAAUAUCCGAAUGAUCGAGCCAAAUGCUGAAGAGUUGUCGAAAUGGUCGAAGAAUGAGUAAUAGACGAUCGAAGGCGUUUGUUCUUUUGUUUAACUUAAAUCUAAAUUCAUGUGUUUAUGUAAAAGCCACGUCGAAGAUUAAUUGUAAAAUAAAUUUAAGCGAAAAUUGUCCCAGUGGAAAGGGGAUUGUUUAUCGCUGUCACCGUGAAAAAAGAAAGUCUGUAAUUAAUGUAAUUAAUGAAUUCACACGGAUGCUUGUUCGUGAAAAAGUAUUUAUAUAGCCUACAAAUAUUUUCAUUAUACUUAAUACGCGCAAUGACUUCCAUUUUAUUAAUUCAGGCUGCAAAACCUUUUCUUUUUUUAAAUUUGUAAAAAUAUUUAAUUUACGAAGCAUCGUUGCGAUCACAAGCGUAGAGAUUGAAACGUAACAGCAUAGUGGGACGAACAAAAAUAAUAACACUGCCUGUUCAACGGUAAUAACAAUAACAAUAAAUGUCUGCCAAGGUAUAUCGACAUCCUACGCGAAUACAAUAAUUUAAAUCACUGAAAAGUCACGCACACGAUUGCGGUGGAGAACGUUUAUUAAUUUGCCUCUUCGAGAAAUACAUAUCCGCACAAAACGAUGUACAGCAAUAAAUUGAAAAUUAUAUCGUGCUUCCUUUACGAUUACGAAUCAUGAUUUGUUGUCGAAUAAUCAUGAAGACUGUUCGCCAAAAUGAUGCUGCUUAAUCUACGAGAAAACGGACCUUGGCAGUGUUGGGCACGAUCAUUACAAUUUCUGAAUAGUUUAUCAUAAUUAAUGAUCAACGAUUAAUGAAUACUUGAGACAUAGCAAUUAAUUAUACACGAUUAAUGAUUAAUACGGUUAGCCCUGAAAGGUUACAAAUUACUGGUUUACAAUUGCAGAUUGUAAAGGUAGUUUUUAAUCUAACAAUUGGAAAUAAUAAUGGUGAAAGUAAUCACAGAGUAAUUUGGUUGAUUACAAAGUAAAUAUUAUGGUCAGAAAGUAAUCGUUGCCCAACUCUGCUGUGGGUACUUUGUUACGUACAAGGUAUUCUGUUGGUUAUGCAUUCUUACCGUGUAGGCGGCGUUAUCGACGUUAUUACGUGGAUAGUUGCGUUCUUCGUGAUAACAGAGGACGCCGGUAACUUAGCCGCCUCGAUGAUAAUUUUGUUUACAUCACGAAUUUUUGGGAACAUUUUUUCUCAUCGAAAGAACAGCAUCGUGGACGAUGGGAAAAUAUGAGUGACUCGAAAAGGAAACUGAAAUAAAACUUAUUGUAGAAUUAAUGAAAUCGCCAUUUCUUAAAGUUUAAGAAAAUAAUCAU